UUUUGCCUUUUUUUAUUUUUAAGUAUAGCCUUUGGAAAAGUUUUUUAAUUGGGAGAUAAAAUGAAUAAAAAAUAGGAAACAGAAUUAGGAGAAAAUCACAUGAUUAAAAUUCAAUUUUUUAAAUAAAAAGAAAAUAUUUCAAAUGGCCUAAUAAAAUUAAAUAAAGCUCCAGUAAGCAACUAUUAAACAAAAAAAAUUUAAAAAUCUCCAAAAAAUCCACAAAAAAUUUCACAAAAAUCCCCAAACCAUUCAAACUAUUUCUUAUUUAGAAUGGGCACCAAACCAAGCAAAUUACGUCAUUUAUUACAUCAACAAAAAUAUUCUUCAAAUAAAAAUUAUUCCCCUCAACUCAAUUUAAAAAAGAAUAAAUUAAUAAUUUUAAAAAGAGCAGUUGCUGGAGCAUCUUAUACAGCAACAACAAAAUGGAAGAAUAAUAAAUCUGGAAGUAUAAUAGAAUUAAUAGAUGAUAUUGAAUUGAAUGAGUAUAAACAAAAUGAAGAAAAUAUUGAAAUUGAAGAAGCAAAUAAAUUUAAAAGCCAGGAAAAUGAGGUGGGUGUUAGAGCCUGA